AAUCUCCAAUGAGUAGGGAGAGACAACGACGACCUUGGUAUCUUCCUUCAAUCGACUUUCCUUCAUGCCCCUGUCAUUCAUCUCAUAUCGAAACACAACUACAUACAAAGAAUAUAGACAAUUAACACAAACAAUAAACGCUAUACUAUUAAACACUCUUCUCGAACAGACAGACAUUUGACACUGCAAGGCAAUCUCUGGUAUCUUCAUCAACCACAGACUCAACAAGUAAUCCAAAUAAUGCUAAACUCCCUCAGCAAUGAUAGACAUGAAAAAGCAAAGCCAAAUCAGGAACGCUCAUGCAGUUAUCUCAUUUUCCUCUCCUCAUCCCAUACACCCCACUUACGCAGCCAUUUGUGGGAUAGAAGACGCGUCUGGCGACACAGGUGAUUUUGGUGAAUCGGCCGUCUUGUCACUCUUACUAGACUCAGCGCUCUUCGACGAAGAGCCACCAAAAGGCCAAAGGUAUCUCCAGACACUAGAUCGCUUGGCAGGAGUCGGCGUCUUAGUAGAUGUAGGCGUGGUAGGCGCAACUGUCUCGACAGGCUUGAUCGCAGUGUCUAUUGGGCUUGGUGCCUCAGCAACUGGCUUGUCAACAACCUUUGGAGCAGGAGCUGAUGGUUUGACGUUCUCGACGGACUUGAUGGUUACUGUCAUUGGGCGCUGGGUCUCGUUAGUAGGCUUGGUUUCCGGAGCCUUGGGAACAAUGGGUUCUGCAGAAUGGGGAAUAAUCGGGUCUGCUGAUUUCGUGCUAAUUAGCUCCGGCCCCUUCACGGCAACGGGUUCUAGGGCCUUGACAGGCUCCACAGCAGGUGCAGAGACUGGCUCAAGAGGUUUGGUGACAACAGCGGGCUCUAGCUUUGACUCGACAGACUCGACAGCUGGCUGGGCGGGGUGAGCAGAUGUUUGAGACAGCGUUCUUGUGAGUUGCUGAAGCGUCUCGUUUAUGUUGUCAAUUU